AUGAGGCUGCAUCGCGGGGUCCCGGAGACCACGGCACCGUGCUCCUGCAAGACGCGGCGUCCCGGGCGCCGGGGAAGGGGAGGGGGGUCUAAAGAAGCCAGAGCCGGGCAGAGAAGAGGGGAUUCGGCCUGGAGCAACAGAACCCGAACCCAGAGAAGAGUCGUGGAGGGGAAAGAAGGAAAGAAAGAGGCAGGCAGAAGCCACAGAAAAUCCCAAAGCCAGCCACCACCCCACCCCCUUCAGUGGGACCGUCCCGCCACCGCUUCCUGCCCGGGAUCAGCUUCCCAGCUGCAGCCCGAGGGGAAAUCAGAGCCGCCCGCCGCUGCAGCGCCGCAAGAACGAAUCGCUCGGCCAGGCUCCGCCACGCCGGGCCCGCAGUUCUGCAGACCGCACGCCUCCUCACCUCCGCCGGACGCCGCACCUCAGGAGCUCGCUCGCCGCGAGGACCCGUCCCGCUCCAGCCCCGGCUGUCCCGCUGCCGCCGUCAGAGGACUCGGCGCGUCAGCCCCGCCCCUCGCGGCGGAAGCCCCUCCCGCGCCCCCGCCGGACGCGCCCCCGGCGCGGAAACCCCCGCGGCUCGCGCCACGCCCCUGCGCCUCAGGCCACGCCCCUCGCUGUCAGGUCACGCCCCGCGCUGGCGGAGGGCGGGCCUUCCUGCGGGAUUCGCUGCGCGUGGUGGUCCAAUACCCCCAACACUGGAAGGACGUCCCUCCCUCUCGGAGCUGCCCCGAUAAUGAGUGUGCGUUCCCACCUUAA